UCAAUCAUAGUUGUCCUGAUGAUCAGUUUAAGUGCCAAAAUAAUCGCUGCAUUCCCAAGAGGUGGCUUUGUGAUGGAGCUAAUGAUUGUGGUAAUAAUGAAGAUGAAUCAAAUAAAACCUGUGCAGCAAGAACAUGUCAGGUUGACCAAUUUUCUUGUGGGAAUGGACGCUGUAUUCCAACAUCAUGGCUGUGUGACAGGGAGGAUGACUGUGGAGAUGAAACUGAUGAAAUGACAUCCUGUGAAUUCCCAACAUGUGAGCCACUAACUCAAUUUAUAUGCAGAAAUGGAAGAUGCAUUAGCAGCAAAUGGCUAUGUGAUUCAGAUGACGACUGUGGUGAUGGAAGUGAUGAAGUAGGCUGUAUUCACUCAUGUUCUGCUGAUCAGUUCAGAUGUUAUAAUGGUAGAUGUAUCCCAAGUCAUUGGGCGUGUGAUGGUGACAAUGACUGUGGAGAUUUCAGCGAUGAAAGCAAAACAAACUGUAGCAAGGAAGAAACUCCCUCUCCUGGAAGAUGCAACGAGAAGGAAUUUCAGUGCAGUCCUGAUGGGAACUGUGUUCCUGAGUUGUGGCGCUGUGAUGGAGAAAAGGACUGUGAAGAUGGCAGCGAUGAAAAAGGGUGUAAUGGAACUAUACGACUAUGUGAUGAAAAAACAAAGUUCUCCUGCAAGAGUACAGGGAGAUGCAUUAGCAAAGCGUGGCUAUGUGAUGGCGAUAUUGAUUGUGAGGAUCAGUCUGAUGAGGAUAAUUGCGAGGGCUAUAUGUGUGGACCACCAAAAUACCCUUGUGUUAAUGAUACCUCCAUCUGCCUACAGCCUGAGAAGCUCUGCAAUGGAAGAAGAGAUUGUCCUGAUGGAUCUGAUGAAGGCGAUCUUUGUGAUGAAUGUUCACUUAACAAUGGUGGAUGUAGCCAUCAAUGUUCUGUGGUUCCUGGAGGAAGAAUUGUAUGCUCCUGCCCUGCAGGGUUCAGCCUUAGUACAGACAAGAAAACUUGUGAGAUUAUGGAUUACUGUACCAAGCACCUUAAGUGUAGUCAAGUAUGUGAACAGCAUAAAAAUACUGUCAAGUGCUCAUGUUACGAAGGCUGGAAGCUCAGUAAGGAUGGAGAAAAUUGCGUUAGUACUGAUCCAUUUGAGGCUUUCAUAAUUUUUUCUAUACGACACGAGAUCAGAAAAAUUGAUCUUCACAAACGUGACUACAGCCUUUUAGUUCCUGGUUUAAGAAAUACAAUAGCACUUGAUUUUCAUUUCAGUCAGAGUUUACUGUACUGGACGGAUGUGGUAGAGGACAAAAUUUACAGAGGCAAGCUCUCUGAUACUGGAGGUGUUAGUGCCAUUGAGGUGGUAGUGCAACAUGGCCUGGCCACACCUGAAGGUCUUACUGUAGAUUGGAUUGCAGGAAACAUAUACUGGAUAGACAGCAAUUUGGACCAAAUUGAAGUAGCAAAACUAGAUGGCACUUUGAGAACAACGCUGAUAGCAGGAGCUAUGGAACAUCCAAGGGCAAUUGCUUUGGAUCCCAGAUAUGGAAUUCUUUUUUGGACAGACUGGGAUGCAAAUUUUCCUCGCAUUGAAUCUGCUUCCAUGAGCGGAGCAGAAAGGAAGAUCAUAUAUAAAGAUAUGGAUACUGGAGCCUGGCCUAAUGGCCUUACUGUAGAUCACUUUGAAAAAAGAAUAGUAUGGACAGAUGCCAGAUCGGAUGCCAUUUAUUCUGCAUUAUAUGAUGGAACCAGCAUGAUAGAGAUUAUACGGGGUCAUGAAUAUCUUUCUCACCCUUUUGCUGUUUCUUUGUAUGGGAGUGAAGUAUAUUGGACAGAUUGGCGGACCAAUACACUUGCAAAAGCUAAUAAAUGGACUGGCCAAAAUGUCAGUGUAAUACAAAAAACAAGUGCUCAGCCAUUUGAUCUUCAGAUAUAUCAUCCAAGUCGUCAACCACAAGCUUCCAAUCCAUGUGCUGCUAAUGAGGGCAGAGGUCCAUGUUCACACAUGUGUCUGAUCAGUCACAACAGAAGUGCUGCAUGUGCCUGUCCACAUCUGAUGAAACUCUCUUUAGACAAGAAAACAUGUUAUGAAAGGAGGAAAUUUCUUCUUUAUGCAAGGCGUUCAGAAAUAAGAGGGGUGGACAUAGAAAACCCAUACUUCAACUUCAUCACAGCCUUCACUGUUCCUGACAUUGAUGAUGUGACGGUCAUAGAUUUUGAUGCUGUUGAGGAACGCUUAUACUGGACUGAUGUGAAAACACAAACCAUCAAGCGUGCCUUCAUCAAUGGGACUGGCUUAGAAACUAUUAUUUCAAGAGAUAUUCAGAGUAUCAGAGGUCUUGCAGUGGAUUGGAUAUCACGUAAUUUAUAUUGGAUUAGCUCAGAAUUUGAUGAAACACAAAUAAAUGUGGCACAUUUAGAUGGUUCCUUGAAAACCUCAAUCAUCCAUGGAAUUGAUAAACCCCAGUGUCUUGCAGUUCAUCCAGUAAAAGGUAAGCUCUACUGGACAGAUGGUAACACAAUUAACAUGGCAAACAUGGAUGGCAGCAACAGCAAAAUACUCUUUCAGAAUCAAAAAGAUCCUGUUGGUUUAUCGAUAGAUUAUGGGGAGAACAAACUUUACUGGAUCAGUUCAGGAAAUGGAACCAUAAAUAGAUGCAACUUGGAUGGUGGUAAUCUUGAAAUAAUAGAGUCAAUGAAAGAAGACUUAACAAAAGCCACAGCUUUAACCAUUAUGGAUAAAAAGCUUUGGUGGGCAGACCAGAACUUAGCUCAGAUUGGUACCUGUAACAAAAAAGAUGGAAGAAACCCAGCUGUCCUGCGAAACAAAACUUCAGGUGUUGUACACAUGAAAGUAUAUGAUAAAGCAGCACAGCAAGGUAGCAAUUCCUGUCAGUUAAACAAUGGUGGAUGCUCCCAGCUUUGCUUACCAACUUCAGAAACCACCAGGACUUGUGUGUGUACAGUAGGCUACAAUCUUCAAAAAAACCGUAUGGCAUGCAAAGGUAUUGAAUCAUUUCUUAUGUAUUCUGUUCAUGAAGGAAUUAGAGGAAUUCCACUUGAUCCAAAUGAUAAAAUGGAUGCUUUAAUGCCUAUAUCUGGAACUUCAUUUGCUGUGGGCAUAGACUUCCAUGCAGGAAAUGAUACAAUCUAUUGGACAGACAUGGGUUUCAACAAAAUUAGCAGAUCUAAACGAGAUCAAACAUGGAAAGAAGACAUUGUUACAAAUGGUUUGGGAAGAGUUGAAGGCAUUGCAGUGGACUGGAUAGCAGGUAACAUAUAUUGGACGGAUCAUGGCUUCAACUUAAUUGAAGUUGCCAGGCUCAACGGCUCAUUCCGAUAUGUAAUUAUAUCCCAGGGUUUGGACCAGCCAAGAUCUAUUGCGGUACACCCAGAAAAAGGGUAUUUAUUUUGGACAGAGUGGGGGCAGACUCCUUGCAUAGGCAAGGCACACUUAGAUGGGUCUGAGAAGGUUGUGCUUGUGAGCCUGGGGAUUGCGUGGCCAAAUGGGAUUUCCCUGGACUAUGAGGAAAAUAAAUUAUAUUGGUGUGAUGCUCGUACCGACAAGAUAGAAAGAAUUGACCUUGAGAGUGGAGGGAAUCGGGAGAUUGUGCUGUCAGGGAGCAAUGUGGAUAUGUUUUCAGUCGCAGUGUUUGGAGCUUACAUCUACUGGUCUGACAGAGCACAUGCAAAUGGCUCUAUUAGAAGAGGCCACAAGAAUGAGGCCACGGAUGCUGUGACCAUGAGGACUGGCCUUGGAAUAAACCUGAAGGAAGUGAAAGUCUUUAAUAGAGCACGAGAGAAAGGUACUAAUGUUUGUGCCAGGAAUAAUGGUGGAUGUCAUCAACUUUGCCUUUAUCGGGGAAAUGCACGGAGAACAUGUGCUUGUGCACAUGGCUAUCUUGCAGAAGAUGGAGUUACUUGCCUGAGACAUGAAGGUUACCUGUUGUACUCAGGAAGGACAAUAUUGAAAAGCAUACAUCUUUCAGAUGAAACCAACUUAAAUUCACCAGUAAGGCCAUAUGAAAAUCCAGACUACUUCAAAAAUGUGAUAGCUCUUGCUUUUGACUACAGUCUGAAAGGAAGAGGUACAAAUCGCAUAUUCUUCAGUGAUGCACACUUUGGAAAUAUACAAGUUAUUAAAGACAACUGGGCUGGCAGAAAAGUGCUGAUUGAAAAUGUUGGGUCAGUGGAAGGACUUGCUUAUCAUAGAGCUUGGGAUACUCUCUAUUGGACCAGUUCAACCACAUCCUCAAUCACGAGACACACUGUUGACCAGAGACGUCGAGGAGCUUUCAACCGGGAAGCAGUAAUAACAAUGUCUGAAGAUGAUCAUCCACACGUGUUAGCUCUAGAUGAAUGUCAAAACUUAAUGUUUUGGACUAACUGGAACGAGCAGCUCCCAAGCAUCAUGAGAUCUACCCUCGCAGGCAAAAAUGCACAGGUUAUCAUUAGUACAGAUAUCCUGACACCAAAUGGACUUACCAUUGAUCAUAGGGCGGAGAAACUUUACUUUUCAGAUGGCAGCUUGGGAAAAAUUGAGAGGUGUGAAUAUGAUGGAUCACAAAGAUAUGUAAUUGUCAAAUCUGGACCAGGUACCUUUCUCAGCCUGGCUGUAUAUGAUGAUUAUAUCUUCUGGUCAGAUGGAGUGAGGAGAGCUAUUCUGCGUUCCAGUAAAUAUACAGGAGGAGAUACAAAAGUUCUUCGUUCUGAUAUCCCGCAUCAGCCGAUGGGCAUUAUUGCUGUUGCCAAUGAUACUAACAGUUGUGAGUUAUCUCCUUGUGCACAAAUGAAUGGAGGUUGUCAUGAUUUAUGCCUUCUGACUCCUGACGGACGAGUGAACUGUUCUUGUCGAGGGGAUAGAAUCCUGAUAGAUGAUAACAGAUGUAUGACUAAAAAUUCUACUUGCAACAUUUAUUCUGAGUUUGAAUGUGGAAAUGGCGAAUGUAUUGAUUAUGAGCUGACUUGUGAUGGUAUAGCUCAUUGUAAGGACAAGUCUGAUGAGAAACUGUUCUACUGUGAAAAUAGAGGCUGUCGGAAGGGUUUCAAGCCAUGUUCUAAUCGUCGCUGUGUUUCAAGUAACAAAGUAUGUGAUGGUGCAAAUGACUGUGGUGACAACUCUGAUGAAUUUGACUGUAAAGAUUCAGCAUGUGCUUCAACAGAAUUCCAUUGUGCAGAUGGGAUUUGCAUUGGAAAAUCAGCACAGUGCAACCAGAUCAUUGAUUGUGCAGAUGCUUCAGAUGAAAAGAACUGCAAUAAUACAAACUGUGCUUACUUCUAUAAACUUGGAAUAAAAUCUUCAGGAUUUAUUAGCUGUAAUUCGACUUCACUUUGUAUACUGCCAGAAUGGAUAUGUGAUGGAUCUAAUGACUGUGGAGAUUUUACAGAUGAACUAAAAUGCCCAGUUCAAAACAAACCCACAUGUGAAGAAAAUUAUUUUGGUUGUCCUAGUGGAAGAUGUAUUCUGACCACCUGGCUUUGCGAUGGGCAGAAAGACUGUGAGGAUGGAGUAGAUGAAUUGCACUGCGAUUCGUCUUGUUCAUGGAAUCAGUUUGCUUGCUCUGCAAACAAAUGCAUCUCUAAGCAAUGGACUUGUGAUGGAGAGGAUGACUGUGGAGAUGGUUUAGAUGAAAGUGAUGCUAUCUGUGGUUCAGUGACCUGUGCAGCAGAUACGUUCAGUUGCUUAGGCUCCCAUGCCUGUGUUCCCCAGCACUGGCUUUGUGAUGGUGAAAGAGACUGUCCUGAUGGCAGUGAUGAACUGUCUACAGCAGGCUGUGCUCCUAAUAACACUUGUGACGAGAAUGCUUUCAUGUGCCAUAACAAAGUCUGCAUUCCCAAACAGUUUGUGUGUGACCAUGAUGAUGACUGUGGAGAUGGAUCAGAUGAAUCUCUGGAAUGUGGGUAUCGUCACUGUCGUCCUGGAGAGUUCACUUGUGCUGAUGGAAGAUGCCUGUUAAAUUCCCAGUGGCAAUGUGAUGGUGAUUUUGACUGCCCAGACCAUUCUGAUGAAGGACCUAUAAAUAUAAAAUGCAAAAGUUCAGAGCAGUCAUGUAACAGCUCUUUCUUUAUGUGCAAAAAUGGCAAGUGUAUUCCUCAAAGUGAUGUUUGUGAUAACAGAGAAGACUGUAGUGAUGGAUCUGAUGAGAAAAGCUGCCACGUUAAUGAAUGCCUCAGUAAGAAAGUUAGCGGCUGUUCUCAAGAUUGUCAGGAUCUUCCUGUUGGAUACAAG